ACCGCGCGUCCAAUCACCGCAGACCCGAGAGGCGGGCCACUGAGAGGCGGCGGGAAGCUGAUCCUGGCGGGUCCAGGGGGUCCCAGAGGGUCCCGGUGGGCCGGGUGAGCUCGCACAGGUCGUGCUGCACCCCGGGAGGGCGCACAGGCGGCGGGGCUCUGAUCCGCCCCGGCUCUCUCCGAGAGCGCCCCGCCCGGCCCAGCCAAGCCUCCCGUUAUCCACAACCGCAGCCCCGGCCGAGCGCCACCCAGACCCCAGCACCUCCGCAGGCCCGAAGCUCCUUUCUUGGUCACCCAAAGCUGGGUCCCUUGUGUCCAGGACCAAUGAUUUUGUUCCUCUUCCUUGAAUCAUCAUCUUUAAAAUUAUAAACCAUGGGGGAUGAAGGCAAGACAGUUGAAUGUCAAUGCUCAGAGCCAUCUAUAGAGACCAGUCACACAGCUUCUGUGCAUCAAGAAUCACAGGAGGAGAAUAUCGUGAACCUCAAAGGUGCAGAUGGAAAUGAGCCGACAGAAGGAAGUAACCUAUUGAACAGCAGUGAAAAAAAGCCACAGGAAUCUCCAACAGAAACAAAUUGUUUGCAGAGUCUGAGACAAAUACUGGCUUGCCCUCCGCACGGUUUAUUGGACAGAGUAAUAACGAACGGUACAAUGGUCGUUCUUCUGUGGGCUGUAGUUUGGUCCGUUACCGGCUCUGAAUGUCUUCCUGGAGGAAAUCUGUUUGGAAUUAUACUCCUGCUCUGUUGUGCUGUGGCUGGAGGUAAACUCUUUGGACUCAUUAAGUUACCAACGCUGCCUCCUCUGCCUCCUCUCCUGGGCAUGCUGCUUGCUGGGUUUCUCUUGAGAAACAUCCCAGUCAUCAGCGAUAAUGUCCAGAUCCAGCACAAGUGGUCUUCCUCCUUGAGAAGCAUCGCCCUUUCUGUCAUUUUGGUUCGUGCUGGUCUCGGUCUGGAUUCAAAGGCCCUGAGGAAGCUGACGGGUGUCUGUGUGCGGUUGUCCCUGGGUCCCUGCACUGUGGAGGCCUGUGCUGCUGCACUUCUUUCCCACUUCCUCCUGGGUUUACCAUGGCAGUGGGGGUUUAUACUGGGCUUUGUCCUAGGAGCUGUGUCUCCAGCUGUCGUGGUGCCGUCAAUGCUCCUUUUGCAGGAAGGAGGCUAUGGUGUUGAGAAGGGUAUCCCAACUUUACUCAUGGCUGCUGGCAGCUUUGAUGACAUUCUGGCCAUUACUGGCUUCAACACAUGCUUGGGUGUGGCCUUUUCCACAGGGUCCACGGUUUUCAACAUCUUUAGAGGUGUUUUGGAAGUGGUAAUUGGUGUGGCAACUGGAUCUUUUCUUGGGUUUUUUAUUCAGUACUUUCCAAGCAGUGACCAGGAUGACCUUGUGUGGAAGAGGGCCUUCCUGGCUCUGGGGUUCGCUGUGCUGGCUGUGUUCAGCAGUGUGCAUUUCGGCUUCCCGGGGUCAGGAGGACUGUGCACUCUCGUCAUGGCUUUCCUUGCAGGCAUGAGAUGGAGGGACAAGAAGAAUCUUGCCUUUAACUUGCAUUCAGCAGUGCCAACAGCUGCCAUAUGGACUCCCGAUUUUGUCAUGGUAAUUUUCAUGGGCCUUUGUGUCGCAACCCUGGGCAUUGCGGUAUUGAUACGAAUUCUGACUACAUUUAUGAUGGUGUGUUUUGCUGGUUUUAACAUAAAGGAAAAGAUAUUUAUUUCUUUUGCAUGGCUUCCGAAGGCCACAGUUCAGGCUGCAAUAGGAUCUGUGGCUCUGGACACAGCAAGAUCACAUGGAGAGAAGCAGUUCGAGGAAUAUGGAAUGGAUGUGUUAACCAUGGCAUUUCUGGCCAUCCUCAUCACAGCACCAAUAGGAAGUCUCCUGAUUGGUUUGCUGGGUCCCAGGCUCCUGCAGAAAUUUGAACAUGAAGAUGAAGCACAAGGAGAGACUUCUGUACAAGUUUAGAGCCUUUUAGAUGUCAAAAGCCAAGACAGUCCAAAAUGGAAAACAGAAACUGAAAGACAGACAGACAGACAGAAAAACAAUGGUAUGUACCUAUAAUCCAAGCACUCUGGACACUGAUACAGGAAGAGCUCUAUGAGUUCAAAGCCUGGUUUGGGGGCGGGGUACACACUGAGUUUCAGGCUAGCCAACAAUACAAAUAAGAUCGUUUCUCAAAAACGCAAAACAAAAAUCAAAGAACACCCCCUCACACCUUACCUUAUCACUGAUCUGGCUACCUAGAGGCUUCCUGUCGGAAGUUCACAUGGUCUGCCUUCCUCCAGAAAGUACCCUGAUGCAACCCUUUAUUUGUUUUUCUGUGACCACCUUCUUUAGGCUCUUCCAGAUGACAGCUUUAGUUUAGGUCUCCAGGUGACAGCUUUAAUUUGUAACUUUUUUCCAUAUAUCAUAUUCUUCACAUAUAUAGUAUUAAUUGGGAUAAUGGACACUGCUUUAAUGAGGAAAAGCUAAAGUACUUAACAGAAAAUAUAAUUUUAUUUCUCUGUCAUGAAACUGGCCAAUUAGUUGCUGUAGACAUGGGCACUCUGCUCGUAGGGCUGCUCCAGGAACCAUGCCUAUCUGUCAUGCAGCUCUGCCAUGGCAUGGCUUAGGACACCAGUUAAAGAUGAAUCUCUAUCGUAUGUCUUUUCUAGGCCUCAGGAAACAGGAAAAAAGAUGGAAGGCAAUUUAUCUCUAUCAUCGAUCAUCUACCACCUAUCUAUCUAUCUGUCUAU